CAUACUGUUGUUGUGGUAGCUCUUUGUACACACAAGCAGACGACAAAUCUGGAACCUAACAUCUGCGAACUACACAAGAACACUCUUUGUGUUUCCCAUCAAGUUACAUUUUGCCCUCCUUGUUCCAUUCCCAACAAUUGUUUUUAAAAGCGCUGUCCAAAUAAAGAGCCUGUCAUGAUGGCUCUUAUGGGCUCACCAAUUUUAAGAAACUUAACCAAGCUGUCAUCACAAACUGCUGCUAUCGGCGUUAAAGAAAGUUGCACAAUUCGAACUUACGGUCCUUUUACAGGCCUACUUCAAUUUUCCACGUCCACUUCACAAGAUGUUGACAUGUCGCCUAAAGAGGGAAAGAUGUGUGCCUGGCAGGUCCAUUCCUAUGGAGGCACUGAAGAACUCCAGCUAUCCUGUUCAGUUCGCCAACCUGUUGUUACAAAGCCCGAUGAUGUUCUGGUUAAUGUUGCUGCAUCAUCUGUCAAUCCAAUCGAUGUCGCCAUGAUGAAUGGAUAUGGAUCAACAUUCCUUAAUAAAUUACGCCAGGCUUCAUCAUGUACCCCGAACGAAGCCAGUAUAGAAUUUCCUCUAACAUUAGGACGUGACUUCUCUGGUCAAGUAAUUGCUGUUGGGCAUAAUGUUAAGAAUAUUCGUCCUGGAGAUGAAGUGUGGGGCGUUAUUCACCCUGCAAACCAAGGGUGUCAUGCACAACAAGUUGUCACAAGCCAAAGCAAUAUUCGGACAAAACCUAAGUCUUUGAACAUGGAGGAGGCAGCUUCUAUCAUGUAUGCUGCAGUCACAGCCUGGUCUGCCUUACGAAUUACGGGUGAUUUACUUGUUACUGGGGCAAGAGGGAAAAGAAUUCUAGUUCUUGGUGCAUCUGGUGGAGUUGGAUCAGUAGCUGUGCAAAUGGCUAAAGCUUGGGGAGCUGAGGUGGUGGGCACUUGUCGUACUGAUGCUGUUCCACUAGUACAAUCACUUGGAGCCCAUUCUGUGAUUGAUUAUGCUUUGCCUGACACCAUUGACCGUUUGCGAUCAGAAGGACAGUUUGAUAUUGUACUUGAUGCUGCUGGUUUAGGUGCUGAUGCUGGUCAAUAUGCUGCAUGUCUAAAGGAAUGGUCAAAUGCAAAAUACAUAACACUUCGAAGUCCUCUUCUGAAGAAUUUUGAUGAGCACGGAUUGCUUCUGGGGGCUUUGAAGAGUGCAGCUGACCUUGUUCAGCCAAAUAUCACAAGUGGAGCACUUUCAAAAGGAUCCUCUUUACGAUGGGGUUUCUUUGUUCCAUGUGAUGCAGCUUUGGAUGAAAUACAGUUACUAGUUGAGGCCGGCAAGAUAAUUCCAUGUAUACAAAAAACCUACCCUUUCAAAGAUCUACCCAAAGCUUAUGAGCAUGUACUAGGGGGCCAUUUAAGGGGGAAAAUUCUUAUAUCAUUGCAAGCUAAAUAGCUUCAGGAAAUAUUGUCAAUAGCUCAGUCAUUAGUGCCAGACUCAUGUUAUAAGAAAUGAUUUCAUCAUAAACUUCUUUUUUUGUGGAUUGUCAAUUAAAGAAAGUGAAAAUAAAAAGCUUGAUUCAAA